UAUGUGCUUCUGUCCAGUAUUUAUGCUGGUGCGGAAAUAUGGGAUAGUGCCGCUUCGAUGAGGAAAGAAAUGGCACAUGCUGGAAUUCAGAAAGUUCCGGCUUUUAGUAUGGCAGAUUGAAAGAAAAAAGGGAGAGAUGUCGGCUUACGAAAACGUUGUUGCUGGGAAACUGAGAUUGAAGGGCAGAGCUUUAGAUGUGAGAGAUGCUGCUAUCAAAAAGAAGAAAAAGAACAAAAACCGAUAUUUCCCGUUACACGAUCAAUUGACAGAUGGAAAUAACGAAUUAGUAAGUAAUCAAGCAAAUGAAGGGGAAUUUGGCGAGGAAAACGAGCGCCUCACUCCAGCAGAGAGAAGGUACAUGGAGCAAUGUCAGAGAAUCGAGCUUCAAAGACUUGCUAAAACCGCCAAGAAAUCGCACCGUGACCGAAUUCAAGAAUUCAACAACUAUUUAGCUAAUCUCACAGAGCACUACGACAUUCCCAAAGUCGGACCCGGCUAAUAUCACUUCAUUCGAAAAAAAAACGUUGUUCAGGUAUAAUCGUACAUUGUCAUUACAUAUGAUAAACAUUCAAAAUCCCGAGAGAAAAAAAC